AUGUCUUCUCCUCAAAUUGUGCUGAUUUCUGGCUGUUCAAGCGGCAUGGGACUCGCCACGGCUGUGUUUCUCGCUAAAGAUGCUCAGAAACGCUUCAAGGUGUACGCCACCAUGAGAAAUCUGGCGAAGAAAGGACAACUGGAAGAGGAAGGAAAGGAAUAUCUUGGAGACACACUGGUUAUUAAACAGAUGGACGUUUGUAGUGACGAGUCAGUGGAGAAAGCUGUGAAAGAAGUGCUGGACACAGAGGAAAGAAUUGAUGUACUGUUUAACAAUGCCGGCGUGUCACUUUCAACAAUCCUCGACUGUGUCCCUAUGGAAAUGGCCAAGGAAGUAUUUGACAUCAACUUUUUUGGGACCUUGCGGUUGAUACAAGCAGUUCUCCCAAGCAUGAAAGCAAGACAAAGUGGACACAUAAUCAACAACAGCAGUGUUUUUGGAAUUAUCGGUACCCCAUUCUUCGAGAUAUACAGUGCAUCGAAGUUUGCUGUCGAGGGGCUAACAGAAUCUCUAGUUCCAAUACUUAAGCAGUUUAACAUAAGAUGCACUCUUCUUGAGCCAGGCCCUGUAAGCAGUGCAAUUGGAGACAACAAUACUGAAAGGACCAAGGGUGUUGACUUGAAAACCGUUGACCAAAAAACGCAAGACUUGUGGGUCAGAAUGCUGGGCAGAAUUGGUCCAACAUUCGAAGGAAAUUUAUUAACUUCGCAGGAAAUAGCAGAGGUCGUUCAAGGUAUAAUUCUAAGCGAUGAGGGCCAGUUUCGUUAUCUACCUAAUAAAGCAAUGUUGGAUGAAGAAAUUACAGCCAGAUUUGCUGAUGCUACAGGGUUUAAAUCUGUGAACCUCAUUACCAAAAAGUUUUGUGAUGAGAAGUAGUAUUCCUACAAAGUCUGCAAUUUAAAAAAUGGUUUUUGAAAAAAUGUAGAAUAGGCAAGAGAGUGGAAGGGCAAACUUUCAACUUGUAUUCAUAGAAGUGUCAUGUGAUCCAAUAAAGAAAUAAAAGUUGCUGUAAAAAUGA